UUGUGCGCGCUUGUGUUGCUCUCUUCUACAGACGAGAUGUGAUAGAUCCCAAAACGCUUUCUAAAUACCAAACAAUGAGCAUGGCUGCUAUAAGGAAAAACGGAAGAUCUCCCAUAAUGACUGCUGCCGUAAGCUUCUCCCGCUUGCGUCAUGUCCAGGCUCUGUUGAGGGAUGAUGUUAAUAAAGCUCCAGAUUGCAUCCUCUGCUCUCUGGGUAUUGACAGCCGCUAUAAUGAAGGGUGCAGUGAGCUGGCCAGCUACCUUUUCUGUGGCUUGUAUAAACAGAACCAUUUUGACAUGGAGCAGAUCCCAGAGGACUUUCCAGAGGAAGUGCUGGAUGAUCUGAUCAUCCUCAUUAAGGCAGAGUGUGUGCAUCUGUACUGCAAUCCUGUGAAUUAUGGCUACCUGCUUCCAUAUGUAUCUCACUGGAGGAAUCUGCACCUCCACUGUCUGACUGAGAAAGAGUAUGAGGAUGAAGAGGUGGCAGAGGAAUUUAAGAUCUCAAGUUUUGUGACAAUGGUUCAAGACUGUCAUUAUAUUGGAAUUCCCUACAGUUCCCAUGGCCUUUUUAAAAAGUUUGACAUGUUCAUGUUGGAGAAAUGGCCUAUCAUUCAGGCUUUUGCACUGGAAGGAAUCGGCGCUGGGGUGUUUUUCACCAUGAAAUACAAGCUAAUAGAUGUGAGUCAGAGACUCUGGCAAGUCUAUAGCAGAUUAGACCCAGUGUCUUUAGACAAGCUUCUCAGUGAGGACCAACAGCUGUUUGAAAGACAGUGGAGCUGCCUGUUCUCUAGUAUGGAAAUAGAGAGUGCGCUGUCCAUGCAGGAACUGUCAGAGGCCCAAGUUGCAGAGCCUUUCAGAACAUAUUAUUCACAUGGUCUAAUUUCCAGCAAUAUCACAGACAAAAGUAAAAGUAGGCAGCCGUUUGUCUUGUUUGGGAGUCACUCAGCUAAGGAGGAUCUGGAGAAUUACUGUUUUACCUUCCCCUCUGAAGGCCACCAGGUUCGCAAUACAGGGCUCAAUGGGGGUGUCGCCAAACACAUGCUGCUACAGUGUGUGGCCCCUAAAGGGCCACUGGCCUGUGCUCGAACCUAUUUCUUUGGAAGCACUCACGUCCCAUACCUGGGAAAUGACAACACCCAGCAGAAGAGCACUGAACUCCAGCUGCUUUCACAAAUCUACUCGGCUUCAGUUCAGUCUGUACUGGCAGGAAUCAAAUGUUUUUCCAUCAACUCCAGUGCCAGUAAGGCAAAGGAUGUAGCAGAGCAAACAUUUCAGCUGGGCUUGGACCAAUUUGGGUUGAGUCAGUACAGGGGAGCUCUCAGGUCCAAGGCUGUAUUUAGCAUACAGGCUGUGAAUAAUGUUGGAAUAAUUAUUCCACUCAGUGAUGAGGACAGUCACUUUCUGGUUAAAACUGCAUCCAUGUUGGUGUAUGAUAUCCCAGAUCCCCAGUGUGGAAGAAACCUGGGAUCAGUAGUUUUCGCUGAGUCCUUUCUAGACUCCAGCGUUUACAUUCAGCAGAGAGAUGGCGCUCUUUCCUCAGACAGCAGUUUUACUGUGCUCACCUCCUCAGUUCCUCGCCAUGUCUGCUGGCUGGUGGAUGAGGCUGAUGUGCGAAUGUCUGAACAGGCUCAACAUCUGCUAAAGGAAGUGGAUGGUACAUGUCUGGGCAUUCCUUUGACAGUGAGAGACUCUGCCUAUAUGUUCUCCAACAGCCUGCUGUCUACACCCGAGGAAGGGAAGCUGGUGUUUUUCUCGGAGGGUAUCCUGUUUGUACAUCCACAUCAUGGCUCCAUCACACUCUCUAUGAGUCAUAUCAACACCAUUAAACUCUAUGACGGGGGCUCUUUGUCUGAUAUUUCAAUGCUGUUCAUAGAGUAUCAGACCUCUCUGCUACCACACCUUCCAUUUCCUUUACACAGCAAUGAGCACUCUCUGGCCAUCGCGCUACAGCCUAGAACCAAGAGCUUCAAAAGUUUCUAUUCACAGGUCCUGCCAGCUUGGCAUAAGUCAGACUCUGGGCUUAGAGUGCAACAUGUGCUCCAUGAUCAGCUGAGCCCUGAGCACAAGAGCGUGUACUUCAGGCUGUUGAAGCUUCAUGAGACACAUGCUCCAGCAGCAAAUAGCCACAGAGCUCUUCUGAAGACUGCUUAUCCACAGCUACCAGAGCAGGAUAGGUUCCUACAGCAUUUUGCCAUCAGCAGUAGUGUGGGUGAAGAGUCUGUCUGUAGUGACCACCUGUCUGCUGUCUUUUCAGACAUAGUGCCUGAAAGCCCCAAACCUGAAUCCAAGAAAAAGGUGGUCCUCACGAUCAUUGCAGGCUUGCCUGGGAGUCAUAAGGAGAAUCUGUGUGAUUUCUUGAUGGAGGUGAAUCAGAAUAGUGCCAGGUGGGAGGUGUUUUGCCCUUCUCUUGAGCACUCUGAGGAGUUUAGUGCACCACGUCUUCAGCUGUUUCUGAGCAGCAUUCUGGCCACACAGAGAGGGAAGUCCUCCAGAGUUCUGCUGCUUAUACCAGGGUACACUGAUGUGUUGGAUGUAAUCCAGGCUAUCACGGCUCAUCCAGACCCUCUAGUUCACAGCCGAGUGACAGUGGGUGCCAUCUCAGCCUGUGUCAAUCCACUCACGUCCUUCAUUAAACACAGGCUUCUCUUCCCAAAACUACUGGAGCAGUGCAGUCAGGGCAUCAUCAGCAAUGUUGUCUUUACGGGAUUGACUACCGAGCAGAAGCACCCACUUCUAAAACACAUGCAGCAGCUGAUCCGGGCAGCCAAUCCCAGCGCUGCAUUUAUCUUUACAGAGAAAGGGGUGGUCACAAGGACUGAAGAUAUGAAGCUCAUCCUGAAUGACAGCAGCUUCUCACAGUCUCAUAUGAUCAAUGCACGAUACCUGCUGUAUCCUGGCUGGUGGGAGGGCAGGUUUGUGUCUGGAAGUAGCUCUUUGUCUAUGUCUCAGCACUUUAUUGAGUUCAGUCGACCUUUGGAAAGAGUAUUGUUUCUGCAGCACUGCAAAGCUCUGAAAUCCUCUCUCAAACCCAGCCCUUUCACAGGAAACAUCUAUCACAUCAGUGGGAAAGUGCUGUUCUCUGACAAUGACAGACUGAUGGUGGUUAACUGUAAUUCUAUCAGUGGGAAUGUGACCGUUGCCCCCGAUCAAAGGACUCAGCAUCGCUCACAGACAACAGACAACUGUUACCUAAUAUUUCACGGAAUGGGGCUCACUCAGGAGGCCCUGAAAGACUGGCUCCGGCAUUGUGCCAAGCAGAAAGUACCAAAGAUGGUCAAGAAGAAUAAGAGGACGCUGACCCCACAGGAGAUCAAAUCCCUUCAUGUGAAAAAACAUCUGGAUCCACUUCCUCCUGGUUACUUCUACAACGGUCAUCACUUUGUCAGUUUCUAUGGAGAGAAACAGAAUUUCCAUCCUCUGAUGGACCAGUUCAUAGAGGAAUAUGUGUUAGAGGCCAAUAAGGAGAUUGAGCGCUUCAACAGAGAGGUGGACCUGCAGCCACAUGCUGACCUCUUUGACCCCUAAUCCCCUCAUCUGACAAAUUCACUGGGGGGGUGGGGUGGGGGGGUCACUCUGCAAUCACUAACGUCUACUAUCCAAUCAUCUGUGCAAAAACGGCCAUUUCAGAUUAAGGGAUGGGAAGGAUUUAGCUCACAUUCCCAGGGAAAAAUCACAGCCUGAUGAGAGAUCCUUUGCCCGACAAUUCUGUUGCGUAAAAACUGUAAUGCUAAGACUGUGUAAAACCAAGAAAAUGUGAUCUAAUGUCUCAUGUUUGAUGGCUCAAACAUUCCUCUAAAGAAUGCAUCAGAUUUCUGUCUGUAUGAUGAGAUCAGCAAACUAGGCUCACACAUUUAUUAGAUAUGUUUUUGCAGUGUACAUGGUGGUAAAACUCCCUUGUGAUGAGUCCUCCCUGCAAUGUUGCAUAUUGCCUUAAAAUUAGCCUUGGAGGUCCCACUGUAAUUCCAGUGCCUAGCAGACAUAUUGAGCUGAAUUGUAACGAAGUUCGUCAGUGAAGCAGAAAGUGAUCAAACAGGGGAAAGGCUCAUUUCCAGCCAUGUGCGUCUGGAAAAACAGGUGCACUGCACCUGCCCUCAGUCAGCCUCUGUCAAUCUAUUCACUCCUGCUGUGAAUAUCAGGUCUGAGGAUCUCUCAUCUGCUUCAUAUCUUAUGUAUACACUGCAGUUCUCUAUUCAGCCAUUCUGAAAUGAUCAACUAACACUGCAGUACUUAAAGCACACAACCCACUUUUGGGAGAGGGGGUAAGGGUGUGGGUUUAUCUGAGUAUUUGAUGUUGGGUUGGUGUGUGGCACCAAAAAUUGGUUUGGUGGGUUUGUGUUAAGCCUGUGCUUGCUGAGUCUGCAUUGGUUAUAAGGCAUGGCUGUACCGAAGCCUGUACUGGCAGAAUCAGAAUUAGUGUGCGUUUAGCUCACCCCUGUAGAAGCUGAUCUGUACUGUACUAUAUCCGUACCGUUCAGUAUUAUGGUCAUAUUUUAGCUCUCUGCAGAGGAAUGUGACUUUCUAUGCAUGUUUACUGACUAAUCACACACAGCAGGGGGGCAGCAGUGUCUUGCACACACAUAUUUGACCGUUUGACUGUAAGACAAGCCUUAAAGAAGCUCAAAGCUUAUAGUAAUGCUUUUUUUUAAAAAGUAUGCUUCUAAAAUGUACUAAAGAUGGGGACUGAUGAACUUCCAAAGAACUCUGACACUGCUGGUCUCCUCUGUGCUUCAAUAUACCAGUCAAUUUUUAUACAAGUGUUAAUACACUACAUGGGUUAGCAGCUCUCUCACAAAGCCAUAUUCACAAGAUUGUUUGAGAUUUAUGAGCUACAUAAUGCUUGUGUCGCUAUGACCACAUUUAGUUUUUUGCUGUUGCUAUGGAGAUUUCCAAUCUGGUUAACCUGCCUUUGUCUCCUCAGUCUUUACGUCUCUUGACACUUCUGUAUCUGGUCAGUAUGCAAGUGCAGUUUUUCUCAAACCGCCCUGUUAUGAGUGAACUCUGAAAGGACGUUGCUGAGAAUGUGGAUCCACUUUAAACCAAUAAGGAAAGAGAAGCCAGCCACUCACUAUUUGACAGAGCCUUAGGAUGAAGCAUUCACUUUACUCUAGCUUUCGGACUGGACACUUGUGCUAAAUAGCUAGAGCAAGUACAAUGUUUUCCAAACAAAAUGCAGGUUUCUUGAAGUGUUCUAAAGUUGAAAGAUAAUUGAAAAACAGUGCAAACAAACGCAAAACACAUUUACUGUGAACUGCCCCUUACAGUGGUGUUGCUAUCAGAGUUGGAUUCUACACAGCAGUUGUCCUUAAAGGGUACAGGGCUACAUAUCACAUAAAUAAUGUGUACAGUAGUUCAAAGUAGCAGCAUUUUAAGCACAUACUAUCGGCAUGUGUUAAGAUGUUUUAUCAAGUUCGAUUUAUGCUCACAGAAAUGCCUUUCACCAAACUGGAACAAGAAAGAAAGAAAUUGCAAGAGUUUGAUCUAUUUUUCAUAUUGGGCGAAAACAAAACGGUUUAUCUGUAGAGAAGCACAAAUGUUAUUUUUAUAAUGCUGUAAAAUCAAUUAAUUGGAGCCAGAUGAUAGUAUUCCUUGGGAGAGGCAGAUGCUCUCCUGUGAAAGAGUGAUUUUGGCUGCCGCUACAGUCUUGGCUGAGAGCAGGGGCAUCCCCACACAGAGCUAAGCACCAGUGUUGGUGAAAGGUUAUGAAGAGUUGUUUAUCUAUGUAGUGUAAUGGGCCAGUGGGAUCUGCUGGGUAACAGAAAGGCACUGGAGGGCCACAGUAAAACUCAAAGAAAUAGAAAAUUAUUUUGUUGAUAGAUUCAGAGGAUAUGUUUUUGGUGUUUAUGAAGCUGAUCACUAAACAAACACCAUGAAUCUGGCUUAUGUGUCUUAUUGUGGAGGACUCUAGUGAGGCCCUCCAGAGGCAGUUCGUGGUAUUACAUGCAUAAUCCCCCUCUGGCCCACACAGUUGUAACUGUGGAGCUGAAGUUAGAGGAACAAAACUGAGUUUGGUGGAAUUUGACAUUUAUAUGUCAAUAAUUAUCUUAAAUUAGCAGCUGGAAUGAUAUUCAGAUUAGAGGGAUACUUUUUUUUUUUUUCCUUUCUUUUCUUUUUGUUUUGUUGAACAAAAAAUGACCUGGGUUCAAAAAGGUUAACAUUUUCAAACUGAUGCACUUUUUGAGACUGAUAUCUGUAUUCUGAGUUUCUUACUUGCCUUUGGAGGCAUGAUAUUAUUUUUACAUUAAUAUCCUGACUCUCUGUGGUCAUUGAAGACUUGUUCCUGACCAAACCAUUUUAUCUUGUCCAUUCUCCAGCCCCUAAAGCCUGCAGAAAAAUCAAUGUUUUAACAACCAAUCAGUGGCAGAUCCUUCAGACAGCACAUGUCUUGUAUUCUCAGGCCAUUAGUAGAGAUGGCAAUACCAGCAUAGAACUUUUAUUUCUAACGUCCAUCACAACUGAUACAUUGUAUUGUGGAUGUGACAUGCUGGGUUUCUGGGGGCAGCAGGCAAAUAAGGACUAGCUAAAGGGCUAAAUUAUUUCAAUUAUUUCAAUUCGUCUGGCUGGGGACAAGCCUGAAAAUACCUUGUAAAGCCUGAAUAAUUUAAAUGGUUAUAAAUAUAGAUGUUAUUAGCUGUAAGUUAUUUGCACAAAGCUAAACAUGUACCUGAAAGUUCAUGUAUUCGCAAUAUGGGGAGCCGUUUUUUUUUAUUUGGAAUUCAAAUAAUAGAUUCCCAGACCUUACCUCAGAAUCAGAAUAUCCAGUGCUAGGAAUUCAUGAUGUCUUUACUAUCUUUAUAACUGAAAAAUAUUUCAAAUAGUUCUACUUGAAAAGUGCCAAAAUUUCUUAAAUGGCUUUUUAAGGGGUUCAACAAAGGUUUGUGAAAUUAAAAAUUUGAGUGUUGUUUGCACAGAACUACUGUAACUCCCGUUUUCUCCUGUGACUGAUGCUUUUCUAAUAUAUGUGUUGUAUUUAUGACUAAACACAUUAAAAUAUUUAUA